GCUGUCACAGUAUUUGCGAAAUCUCAAUCACUGUCUCCGUUUUACCAGCUCUGCUUCUGUUUCUUGGGUUCGCCUAUAAAUAGGCUUGCCAUCAUCCUCUGUCUCUGCAUAGACAUCACAGUGGAGUGAAUCUCUCUCUUUCUCUCUUUCUGAGUGAUUCUUUUUCUUCUGAUAGAGAGAGAGAGAGAGUCAUGGCUGAUAGUGGAAUCCAUGGAGUUGCGGUGGACAUGAAGGACACGAACUCAACCUCCAAAAUGAAAGAAGAGACGGACCCCUGUUUCUCUCUGCCUUUCUUCCAAAAGUUGUUAGCGGAGGUGUUCGGGACAUACUUCUUGAUAUUCGCGGGCUGUGGGGCGGUGGUGGUGAACAAGAACAACCAGGAUAUUGUGACGCUGCCCGGGAUAGCUAUCGUGUGGGGGCUCGCGGUGCUGGUCCUUGUUUACACCGUUGGCCACAUCUCCGGUGCCCAUUUCAAUCCCGCCGUCACCAUCGCCUUUGCCGUCACCAGAAGAUUCCCAUUGAAGCAGGUACCGGCUUAUAUAUCAGCGCAACUACUUGGGUCGACCCUUGCGGCUGGGACACUCCGGUUGGUGUUCACGGGGAUCCACGACCAAUUUGCCGGAACGCAGCCUGCCGGUUCGGAUGGGCAAGCCUUCGUUCUCGAGUUCAUCACAACGUUCUACCUCAUGUUUGUCAUCUGCGGUGUUGCCACUGACAAUAGAGCUAUUGGAGAGCUUGCUGGUCUUGCUGUGGGGGCAACUAUAAUGCUCAAUGUGAUGUUCAUUUGGCCGAUUACUGGAGCGUCGUUGAACCCUGCUAGAAGCUUGGGGCCGGCGAUCGUGUCUAACAAUUACAAAGGGAUAUGGAUAUACCUACUUGCCCCGACUGUGGGCGCGAUAUUGGGCGCUGCUGUGUACAACACCAUCCGGUUCACUGACAAGCCUUUGCGUGAGGUGGUGCGGAGCGGGUCGUUCCUGAGAAACGGCAGGAGAAGUGGUUCCAACUGAUGAGAGAGGGAGAGAGGAGUAAAACAGUUUGUGAAUGUCAAACUAUUCUAGUACUUUACGGGUAUGAAAAUGGGGAUGUCACAAAUAUUAUGAGGUAUAACAAUGCGAAACAUGCUUGAUUGUAUAAAAAACAAGAUACGACUAGCCGUUUUAAAGCUUCCGCCAGCUAUUUAGGCCAACCUUUGAAAAUCUUGGUCC